CGUUGCACAUUCCAUCUGGUUUUUUUCUUCACACGCAUUUCAUUCUCUUGCAAGCUACAAUCUCUCUGUAGUGCUUUCCAAUGCUACUGUAGUGUCAUCUUAUGGCUUCUCUCUCCAUCUUCCAAAUGUUUCUGCUUUUCAGUUCUUGCAUAUUAUUAUUGCAUGCAACAACUGUGACAUGCACAACCUACCGGGUAAUCACCGUCGACAUUAACGGCGGAGGCCAUUUCCGAUCAGUCCAAGCCGCCGUCAAUGCCGUCCCGGACAACAACACAAUGAACGUCGUUAUUCAGAUAAGCCCCGGAUAUUACAUAGAGAAAGUGGUAGUGCCCGUGACGAAGCCGUACGUUACAUUCGAAGGAGCGGGAAGAGAUGUGACGGUGAUAGAAUGGCAUGACAGGGCCAGUGACCCUGGUCCCAACGGCCAACAAUUGCGUACUUACAGAACAGCUUCUGUUACAGUUUUUGCCAACUUUUUCUCUGCUAAGAAUAUCAGCUUCAAGAACACUUCUCCGGCGCCGAUGCCGGGAAUGGAGGGGUGGCAAGCGGCGGCGUUUCGCAUUUCCGGGGACAAAGCUUACUUCUCCGGCUGCGGGUUCUACGGUGCACAAGACACUCUCUGCGACGAUGCUGGCCGUCAUUACUUCAAAGAAUGUUACAUUGAGGGUUCCAUCGAUUUCAUUUUUGGGAAUGGCAGGUCUAUGUACAAGGAUUGCAGGCUACACUCAAUUGCCACGAGGUUUGGGUCAAUCGCAGCCCAAGAUAGGAGAUCCCCACACGAGAAAACAGGCUUCGCAUUCGUACGGUGCAAGGUGACAGGAACAGGCCCAAUUUAUGUGGGCCGUGCAAUGGGCCAGUACUCUAGGAUUGUCUACGCUUACACCUACUUCGACGACAUAGUUGCACAUGGUGGUUGGGAUGAUUGGAACACUUCCUACAAUAACAAGACUGUGUUCUUUGGAGUGUACAAAUGCUGGGGACCAGGUGCUGCGGCUAUACGUGGAGUCCCAUUAGCCCAAGAGCUAGAUUUUGAAUCUGCCCAUCCAUUCCUGGUCAAGAGUUUUGUCAAUGGGAGACACUGGAUCGCACCCUCUGAUGCUUAGCUAAUGCAGAGAGCCCCCAAAACAAGAUAUUGCACAGCUUUAGUCUACCCAAUAGCAUUGUUGUCAUUUUCUCAAAUUUUUUGUCUAGUGUUUAACCAUAGGAAAUUCAUUCAUUCAAUCUUUAAUAAGAUUUGUACACUGUAUACUCUUCUAUCACUUUUCAAAUGCCAUAUCUUGAUUCUUUUAUUAUGAAUAAAUUUCAUUUCAGUGUUUAUCAGUUUGUUUUACUGCAAUGUUAG